CCUCCAGGGAUUCCUCCAGGGAUUCCUCCAGGGAUUCCUCCAGGGAUUCCUCCAGGGAUUCCUCCAGGGAUUCCUCCAGGGAUUCCACCAGGGAUUCCUCCAGGGAUUCCUCCGGGGAUUCCUCCAAGGAUUCCUCCAGGGAUUCCUCCAGGGAUUCCUCCAGGGAUUCCUCCAGGGAUUCCUCCAGGGAUUCCUCCAGGGAUUCCUCCAGGGAUUCCUCCAGGGAUUCCUCCAGGGAUUCCUCCAGGGAUUCCUCCAGGGAUUCCUCCAGGGAUUCCUCCAGGGAUUCCUCCAGGGAUUCCUCCAGGGAUUCCUCCAGGGAUUCCUCCAGGGAUUCCUCCAGGGAUUCCUCCAGGGAUUCCUCCGGGGAUUCCUCCAGGGAUUCCUCCAGGGAUUCCUCCAGGUAUUCCUUCAGGGAUUCCUCCAGGGAUUCCUCCAGGGAUUCCUCCAGGGAUUCCUCCAGGGAUUCCUCCAGGGAUUCCUCCAGGGAUUCCUCCAGGGAUUCCUCCAGGGAUUCCUCCAGGGAUUCCUCCAGGGAUUCCUCCAGGGAUUCCUCCAGGGAUUCCUCCAGGGAUUCCUCCAGGGAUUCCUCCAGGGAUUCCUCCAGGGAUUCCUCCAGGGAUUCCUCCAGGUAUUCCUUCAGGGAUUCUUCCAGGGGUUCCUCCAGGGAUUCCUCCAGGGAUUCCUCCAGGGAUUCCUCCAGGGAUUCCUCCAGGGAUUCCUCCAGGGAUUCCUCCAGGGAUUCCUCCAGGGAUUCCUCCAGGGAUUCCUCCAGGGAUUCCUCCAGGGAUUCCUCCAGGGAUUCCUCCAGGGAUUCCUCCAGGGAUUCCUCCAGGGAUUCCUCCAGGGAUUCCUCCAGGGAUUCCUCCAGGGAUUCCUCCAGGGAUUCCUCCAGGGAUUCCUCCAGGGAUUCCUCCAGGGAUUCCUCCAGGGAUUCCUCCGGGGAUUCCUCCAGGGAUUCCUCCAGGGAUUCCUCCAGGUAUUCCUUCAGGGAUUCCUCCAGGGAUUCCUCCAGGGAUUCCUCCAGGGAUUCCUCCAGGGAUUCCUCCAGGGAUUCCUCCAGGGAUUCCUCCAGGGAUUCCUCCAGGGAUUCCUCCAGGGAUUCCUCCAGGGAUUCCUCCAGGGAUUCCUCCAGGGAUUCCUCCAGGGAUUCCUCCAGGGAUUCCUCCAGGGAUUCCUCCAGGGAUUCCUCCAGGGAUUCCUCCAGGGAUUCCUCCAGGGAUUCCUCCAGGGAUUCCUCCAGGGAUUCCUCCAGGGAUUCCUCCAGGGAUUCCUCCAGGGAUUCCUCCAGGGAUUCCUCCAGGGAUUCCUCCAGGGAUUCCUCCAGGGAUUCCUCCAGGGAUUCCUCCAGGGAUUCCUCCAGGGAUUCCUCCAGGGAUUCCUCCAGGGAUUCCUCCAGGGAUUCCUCCAGGGAUUCCUCCAGGGAUUCCUCCAGGGAUUCCUCCAGGGAUUCCUCCAGGGAUUCCUCCAGGGAUUCCUCCAGGGAUUCCUCCAGGGAUUCCUCCAGGGAUUCCUCCAGGGAUUCCUCCAGGGAUUCCUCCAGGGAUUCCUCCAGGGAUUCCUCCAGGGAUUCCUCCAGGGAUUCCUCCAGGGAUUCCUCCAGGGAUUCCUCCAGGGAUUCCUCCAGGGAUUCCUCCAGGGAUUCCUCCAGGGAUUCCUCCAGGGAUUCCUCCAGGGAUUCCUCCAGGGAUUCCUCCAGGGAUUCCUCCAGGGAUUCCUCCAGGGAUU